UUUGCACAACUCAAAUGUUCAAGCUUGGAAGGACAAUGUCGUCGCCUACAAAGCAAGUUAGUAUCCGAAGGUUGCCGCCGCUUCCGAAUCAGUUAACACAGAGGAACAUAAGAGAAACUGUCAACUCGAAUAAUGAAAAUCACGCCGGAGGCAGCAUUAAAACAAAACCUUCCGGAGUUCUCUCCGAAAUGCGUGUCAAAGAAUACCUUUUGGCCAACCCACAAGUAUUGGAGGAUUUUAUCAUGGCAGAUAUAAGCCAGGAGCAGCUCGAGAGAUGGCUGAUCCGAAAGACACAAUCCACAGAACACAUUAAAGGGGAAGGUAGUAUUGGAAUGACAAUUUUAUUACACGGCCUAAUACUCAUUCACACCAGAUAAACAUGUGAAGUUAAAUCGGGUUUAACUGGAUGAAAAUCGAAAACAGA